AAUAAUCUAAACAACUUACAAUUAUUUAAUUUAUUUAUGUCCAUAAAUAUAUAAUGUCAAAUUUUUGAACUCAAAAUUAUUUAAAAAAUGUAAAAACUAAAUAUUGAAUGUCUUCCCUAUUUAUACUCCCCACCGCCUAUAUAUAAUCAUCAAAGAAUACACACCCAAAUUAAAGGCAAUCAUUCAUUUCAAUCACAUUAUUAAUUCCACUAACUAAUUCCUCCAUAAUUAAUCAUAGCUAUGGCUAUCCUUAGCCACCUUCUCCUCCUCCUCCUAACCCUCUCCACCACCGGCUUCUACGCCGUGGAGCCGGCGGAAGACUACACCGGACUGUAUUGCAACCCAAACAGCCAAAACCCAGACAACCAAACAUCAUCAAACACCGCCAAAGUGCUGUCCGUUCUGGUGCCGGCCGCCUCCCGAGAUGGCUUCGCCACCGCCUCGUCCGGCGAGUCCAAAAGCCGAGUCUACGGGCUGGCUCAGUGCAGGGGCGACGUCAGCUCGGAAGACUGUUCCUCUUGCAUCCGACAAGCGUCCUUGGAUAUCCGAACCCGUUGCCCCGACCGGGUCGAUGCCCGGAUUUGGUAUGAGUACUGCUUCAUGAGGUACGACACUGAGGAUUUCAUCGGAGUCGUCGACGCCGGUAUUGGUACGCUAUACGCAAACGUGGAAAACGUGACGGAGCCGGAGAAGUUCAAAAAGGCCCUGGGGAAACUGGAGGAAGAUGUCGGUAAACAAGCCACCGUUCCGGAGAACAAAGGGCUCGGAAAAGGGAAGACGCAACUCUUGGAGUUCGUGACGUUGUACGCGCUGGUACAGUGCACGAGGGACUUGUCGCCGGUGAACUGUGCUCAGUGUCUGGCCAUCGCCGUCGAGAAAAACUUCGCCGCUGGCGGGCGCCGCCACCGCCGCGAGCUCAAAUGGUGUAGUGGAAUCACACUCCAAGGAGAAUUGGAAAGAGAAGAACGAGCACGGGACGGGGAGAAGGAUGAUGAUAGGAUCGGUGGCGCCGACGUGCACAUACAACGAAUGCAAAGGGUGCAAGUUUAAGUGCAGAGCAGAACAAGUUCCAGUAGAAGGUUUUGUUAGAUUUUCUGCUCUCUUUUUUCCCCCCACAUUGUGGCAAGAAAUUCAUGGGAUCAAA